ACUUCCGCUACCUGAAACCAUAGAGUGCAGAGUUCCUGUACUCUAUUGUUCCGACUUCCGGCCUCCUUCUGCACGCGCUAAGCCUUACCGACAGCUGAUCUCAACAUGAGACCAAUCCUGCUUCAGGGCCAUGAGAGGUCUAUUACUCAGAUAAAGUACAAUCGUGAUGGUGACUUGCUGUUUACAGUUGCUAAGGACCCAGUUGUAAAUGCUUUUUAUUCUCUGAAUGGAGAGCGACUUGGUACCUACAAUGGCCACACUGGAGCAGUGUGGUGUGUUGAUGUUGACUGGGAUACACGUCAUGUACUCUCUGGAUCAGCAGAUAACUCCUGCAGAUUGUGGGACUGUGAAACAGGGAAGCAGCUAGCCCUUCUAGAGACUAAUUCAGCUGUCAGGACCUGUGGAUUCGACUUCGGAGGCAACAUCAUCAUGUUUUCCACAGACAAGCAAAUGGGUUAUCAAUGCUUUGUCAACUUCUUUGACCUAAGAGAUCCAUCCCAAGUUGAUGCUAAUGAACCAUACAUGAAGAUCAGUUGCAGUGAGUCCAAGAUUACUAGUGCUGUCUGGGGGCCGUUGGGUGAGAACAUCAUCGCUGGCCAUGAAAAUGGGGAAUUGAAUCUGUACAGUGCAAAGUCUGGUGAGAUCGUCACCAAUGUUAAAGAACACACAAAGCAGAUCAAUGAUAUCCAGGUUUCCAGGGAUAUGACCAUGUUUGUCACAGCAUCCAAGGAUUGCAGCGCAAAGCUGUUUGACACCACAACAUUGGAGCAUCAAAAGAGCUUUCGCACUGAGAGACCAGUGAACUCUGCAGCAGUGUCUCCAAUAUAUGACCAUGUUGUUCUGGGAGGAGGACAGGAAGCCAUGGAUGUGACAACAACCUCAACCAGGAUUGGUAAAUUUGAAGCUAGGUUUUUCCAUGUUGCUGUUGAGGAGGAAUUUGGAAGAGUGAAGGGCCAUUUUGGACCUAUCAACAGUUUAGCUUUCCACCCAGAUGGUAAAAGUUACAGCAGCGGUGGAGAGGAUGGAUAUGUCAGAAUACAUUACUUCGAUCAAAAUUAUUUUGACUUUGAGUUUGAAUCUUGAGAAGAAAUAAAAGUGCAAGCAGUUCAAUGAAAAACUCUUUAAAGUGAGCGUAUCAUGUUUUGGACAGUCUAAAAAAAAUAAAAAAAAAUCUCUUUACCAGUUGAACUUCCUUUAAAGUGUAUAUCCACUUUUGCAGUCAAUUUUUUAGAAAACACCAACAUGUUUGGUUGCCGAUCACACAGUAUACCUAAAAAAAAAAAUAAUAAAAAAAUAAUAAUAUUUUUUUAGAAAAUAAAUAUUUCCUACCUUUUUUAGAUGUUUCUCGGGAGAAAGUCUCGUGGCUAACACUAAGGGUAUCUCUGAACCGUGUCAGUGAGUCUGUCCUAAGGAUGGGUUGAAUUUUCCUCUCUAAUAUAAAAUGCUUAGCCUUGCUUCUAAACCUUUAAGCCUUUCUGUCUGUACAUUAUUUAGACAUGAUUAUAGCAUAUACGGCUAUUCGGUCCCCACAAAAAGAGUACUAGUAGGAUUUUUCAGGCUGGAAUUUCUGGAACGGAACAUUUAAGAAGCUGCAUUUUUUUUAAAUAACAGGCACUCCAGUCUUCCCCCAAAAAAUUAAGUCAGCAGCUGCAAAUACUGUAUCUGCUGAUUUUUAAUAUGAAGACACUUGCCUGUACAGGGAUCCAGCUCUCUCCUUACUUGAGCCAAUUCAUCAAUCGGCUUCGGGUCCAGGUGCUGGCAUCUUAACCUUGCGGCUUCACGGCCGGCUUCCCACUGCGCAUUGUGAAUGGUCCUGCAGUGUUCUGGUACCUGCCAUGUGUCCCAGAAGGCUGCAGGAGGGGAUGAACUUUUGCAGCGAUCCGACCAGAUCUAAUGGUAACCAUUACUUGUCCAAAACCAGGUUACCUGCUCACACCCACCACCCCAAAAACUGCCAAUUGUUAAAGAGUAAAGGGGGAGGAUGCUAACGAGCAGAACUUACCCUUUUGGAUGAAGUUCUGAUUUAGGUAUUUUGCUAUGUAAAUGAGAACAUGUAACAAAUAUGUAGGUUUUAAACAAAUUUGGCUGCAAAAAGUGGAAAUACACUUUAUAGGAUAACUGCACUAGCAGUGCGGGACCUGUUGUGUUUUUUUUUUUUUUUUUUUUUUUUAUGCUUUCUCCAGGGAAUAGAAAAAAAAAUAACAGUAUCCUGAAAGGGUUUUCUUUUUUCUUCUUCUUCUUCAGAGCUUGCCGUUUAGAGCUCUGUAGUUGCCUCGUCUUCAUUAGUACCCUCCAUUGUCAGAUUGGAGUGGCCUCCUCCCCACCAGGUUAAGUUCAAGACAAAUACCCCUCACUAUUUGCUUUGUGCAGACUUCAGAAGUAAAAGCAAAUAUAGGAUUUGCCCCAAAAGUGCAGUUUCUCGAAGGUAUCUAUUUAUUGAUGUUCACGAAUGAAUCGUGUGUGCAUCUUGAGUAAAAACAUUGAUAAAUUGACCCUUAAGUGUUUUCAAUACAUUUCUGUAUCAUUCCUUGCUGUAUCAGCAUUUUUCAUGAUUUUUCAAUAUAUGGAUUGUACACCCAGCUACCAGCAAGUUCAUUUCUUAUGUUCUCUUUUCCUGUACAAUGGCUGUUCAUACAGGCUAUCCUAAAUGGGUUAUUCCAAUAAAAUCUGUAUUUAGCUGUGUCCUAAAUAAAAUGUACAAUUUGGGUUGAGAACCAGAAGGAAAAUGGCUUUCAUGAUGUAAUGGAAUUCUUAAACCGGUUCAAGAAUGACUUCUAACUCACCAUGACUAUUUAUUGAUCUUCAAACUUAAUGAAAUAAAAUAUUUGCAUUUAGCAACCAAGUGACAUCACAAGAAACAUGCAUAUGUAAAAUACACAGGACAAAUGGUAUAGCAUGGAUUAAAUAAAACAAAUAUUGACUUAA